AAAAAAAAAAUUCCGAACACCACGAAGAGAGAGAGAGAGAGAGAGAGAGAGAGAGAGAGCGCAAAAAAGAUAGUAAACUCGAGGAAUAAAAAGAGGGGGAAGGGGGAGGAGCUACAGUUUCCUCUGAACUCUCUUCUCCCGAAUCGCCCCAAUCGUUCUCCGUCUCCCUCCUCGAUCCCCUCCACGGCAUUCCUCUUCGGAUCCCUAUCCCAACGGUGGUCGCAUCGUGGCGAAUAGUGGGGAUUUGGGGCUCCUACGGAGGCUUCCCUUCUCAUUGAGCUCCAUUUUGAGGGGGUGGAGGUGGAGCUAGGGUUAGGGUUCUUGCGAUGCGCUCGCGCGUUGCAGUUCGCGUGGAUCUGGUUGAGUAGAGGCGUGGGAUUGAGCUUGAGCAAAUGGUGGUCAUGGCGCCGUGGGCUGUGUGGUUUAUGCUGGUGAUCCACCCUUUCCUUAGGGUUUGGGCCAACAUGGAAGGUGAUGCAUUACACACUUUAAGGACCAACUUAAAUGAUCCUAAUAACGUGCUGCAAAGUUGGGAUCCAACGCUGGUCAAUCCAUGCACAUGGUUCCACGUUACAUGUAAUAACGACAACAGUGUUAUCAGAGUUGAUCUUGGUAAUGCACAAUUGUCCGGUACUUUGGUCCCCCAACUUGGUUUACUGAAGAACCUUCAAUAUCUGGAACUUUAUAGUAACAACAUUAGCGGUAUCGUUCCUACCGACCUUGGAAAUCUAACGAAUUUGGUGAGCUUGGACCUAUACCUAAACAAUUUCUCUGGAGAAAUACCUGACACACUGGGGAAGCUAACGAAACUGCGCUUUCUCCGGCUUAACAACAAUAGCUUAUCAGGCCCAAUUCCUCAAUCAUUAACCAACAUCAAUGCACUCCAAGUUUUGGAUUUGUCAAACAACAAUCUAUCAGGAACAGUGCCAUCUACAGGGUCCUUCUCAUUAUUCACACCGAUCAGUUUUGCAAACAACCCUCUUUUAUGUGGUCCUGGAACGACAAGAGCUUGUCCAGGUGGCCCUCCCUUAGCUCCACCCCCUCCAUUUGUUCCUCCAACUCAACCGUCAUCUCAAGGUAGUAGUGCCUCCAGCACUGGAGCAAUUGCUGGAGGAGUUGCUGCAGGUGCUGCUUUGUUGUUUGCUGCCCCUGCUAUUGCAUUUGCCUGGUGGCGCCGUCGUAAGCCCCAAGAGUAUUUCUUUGAUGUACCUGCUGAAGAAGAUCCUGAAGUUCACUUGGGUCAGCUCAAGAGAUUCUCACUUCGGGAACUACAAGUCGCAACCGAUAAUUUCAGCAACAAGAACAUCCUGGGGAGAGGUGGCUUUGGCAAGGUUUACAAGGGCCGUCUUGCUGAUGGGUCUUUAGUGGCCGUAAAGAGGCUAAAGGAAGAGCGAACACCAGGUGGAGAGCUCCAGUUCCAAACGGAGGUUGAGAUGAUUAGCAUGGCCGUGCAUCGGAACCUGCUUCGUCUCCGUGGUUUUUGCAUGACGCCGACUGAACGGCUGCUUGUGUACCCCUACAUGGCCAAUGGGAGUGUUGCUUCUUGCUUAAGAGAGCGACCACCAUCUGAGCCGCCACUCGAUUGGCCAACUCGGCGAUGCAUCGCCCUGGGAGCUGCUAGGGGCCUGUCAUACUUGCACGACCACUGCGACCCAAAGAUCAUCCACCGUGAUGUCAAAGCUGCGAAUAUCUUACUAGAUGAAGAAUUCGAGGCAGUUGUUGGGGACUUUGGCUUGGCUAAGCUUAUGGACUACAAGGAUACCCACGUAACAACCGCCGUUCGUGGGACGAUUGGCCAUAUUGCUCCAGAGUAUUUAUCAACCGGGAAGUCUUCGGAGAAGACUGAUGUCUUUGGGUACGGAAUCAUGCUUUUGGAGUUGAUUACGGGGCAGAGGGCGUUCGAUCUCGCUAGGCUUGCCAACGAUGACGAUGUUAUGUUGCUCGACUGGGUUAAAGGCCUUCUCAAGGAGAAAAAGCUGGAGAUGUUGGUGGACCCCGACCUACAGAAUAACUACAUAGAAUCCGAAGUCGAAUCGCUUAUCCAAGUGGCACUACUAUGCACCCAGGGCUCGCCAAUGGAGCGGCCGAAGAUGUCGGAGGUGGUGAGAAUGCUCGAGGGAGAUGGUCUCGCUGAAAGAUGGGAAGAGUGGCAGAGAGUCGAAGUUGUACGACAAGAAGAUGAGAUCGCCCCUCACACCCGUAAUUCGGAGUGGAUAUUAGACUCUACAGAUAAUCUCCAUGCGGUCGAACUAUCAGGUCCUAGAUAAAACUUUUUUUAAAAAAAUAAAACCGAAAGAGGAAAGGGAAAUUACUAAAUGCUUGUCUAAUUACUUCGGUGUUCGAGUGAAAUGGUAUCAAAUGGGGGUAAUUGUGGGUGCUUUCUUUUUUUUCAUCUUUUUUUCCUUUUUGUUUUGCCUUUCAAGUUACACAUGUUAAAACUCAGUUUCUCGCGGAGAGGUAAGAUUUCGGGCUUCUGCAGAAGCUACUAAAUGUAGACUCUCUGUGUGGAGAGAACAGCGUUGUCAAUUAAGAUAGAAUGUAGUGCUUGUUCAUAAGUUGUAAGAGCUUGUUUAUGCCAAAAUGCUUCCUUUUAUUUGCCUAAGAAAUGUAAGCUAUCUCUUUCUUGUAUCAUUACUUGUGUUGUCUUUUUAUUAAAGAAAAAAACCCUGCACUUUGAGAUU